AUGGACUUCCGUGCCAGCAUGCGUGCGAUGCUGGAGAGCGCGAGGCAGUCGAUUCGCAAUCGCGCCGUCAAUCCCACUGGCAAGGCCGCACUGAAGAAGGGACGGACUCUUGAUGAUUCGUCUUCAUCCAGCCGAUGCCCGCAGCCCAAGGCGCAGCCGACGCCACCCUCCCCCUCCUUGGCCGUGGCAGAGGGGCUCCACUUUCGGAGGGACACGGCGGAUGACGCGGAUAUGGCCCCAUCGGAGGCGAGUGCGCUGAGCGCAAAAGAGAGUCGAAUGCAGUUUGUGCGGCAUUACCAUCGCCUACUGCUCGCCUUCAUCGAGGACAAGUCCAAAUAUGAGCUGGAGCUGCCGAACCUCUCCUCACUGGACCGCCUGGUCGUCCACUCCCUGGCUGAGAAAUGCAACUUGUCGCACGAAUCCGCCGGCGACCGCGCAGAUCGCGUGAUGCACCUGAAGAAGGACAUUUUGUUCUUUCAGAACCCCGAGGCGGCGCGGCAGGUUAACCUCGACGACAUCAUCGAGAAGGUAUUGUGGAAGGAGAGCAAAUUCCAGAUUCGCUACGUACGGUCGGCGAACCCGGCACAGGUGGCAGUCGGCGACAUCGGAAGCUACGCUGACGAGGACGCCCUCGAGAAAAUCGAGCGGUUUCGCCGUGCCACGGACGAGUACCGGCAUGCCACGGACAUGGGCUACUCUCAACAGGAGCUGCUGCUGGCUGAAGCCGGUAUCAAGGGUGAGGACGGUGACGCUGCGGAAAGGCAGGGCUGUGCGGUUCCUGGGAGACUCGAGGAGAUCUUGAGCCGACCAGACGACUCCUCUGCGCUGACCAUUACGGCGGGGCCAGCGUCCGCGGUGUCCUCGUCUCCGUCUCAGCAGCUGUCGCCAGCAACGUCCACGAUUGCGGUUGCAAUGGCGCGGUCAAAGGCAACGGCGGCAGCGGGUGCUGCCAAGGCAGCCGCUGCCAUGAUAAAUUUGUACGACGAGGUGUGCCGAACCUGCGGCUCACGAGUGCGACUCGAUGGACCACCGCAGGGAUGGAAGUGCAGCCACUACUGCACUCAUUGCACCCGUCACUCCAUUUGGUGUUUGGAGGAGGUGAGGGCCAGGGCGGACCCGGCGAGGCACCACAAGCGAAGGCGCGACGGGGCGUCGUCGGCCGAGGGUGGGGGCGAAACUGGCGGCCGGCGUCGUGGUGAGCAAGCUGUGGAGGAGAUCGAUCGCGAGGAGGAUGAGGGCGACGGAGCUGUCCGACAUUCCCGCACUCAAAGUCGCAGCAGCAGCGCAACCGAGGAGGACGCGAGCGAGGUCUUCACGGCAGAGGACGUGGCGGAGAUGGCGGCGACGAACGACUUCAGUGCUAAGGACACGAACUGGUUGCGCGAGUUUGCCUCACGCCAGACGGCGCAUGUGGCCGACCAGAUCGCCUUCUGCAUCGACUUCAGUGAUCUGACCGAGGCACGCCUGUUCCGUCGCUACGACGGCGUAGCAACCCCGUCGGAGGCGGCGUGCUGGUAUGUAGUUCUUCGUGAGGUGCGAGAUCUAUCUUUGACUGUGUCAGACCUCGUGCGAGAGCUCUUGAACGAGGCCUUUGUAGUCCCGUCGUCGGCUGCUGCACAGGAUGACGUCGAGAGCACCACACAGACCCCAGCAGUAGAGACCAUUCACACCGAGGAAGCGGAGGAGCGCGCGAUGGAGCACAUCGCUAUUGCGUAUCCAAACCUCUCUGUUUACGGCAUCGAAUGCGUGGCAGUGUGCCAGAUGCGUCCUGCCGUGCGAUGGGCCUCCGUGCCCCAGCUGCUCAUCAACGAGGAGGCCCUUCAGCACCUGCGGCAGCGCUACGGCGCACGGCACGUGUUCCCAACUCAGUCUCUCGAGGAGGCGGUGCAACGCGCUGGCGAGUCUAACGCCUCCCCCUUUUCCCCCUGA